AUGGAAGAUUUUCCUGCGCUCGAGGGUUUCACUACAAGUUCUAACUUAAAUUUAUCCUCGGAUCCAACAGCCGACUUUCUUGCACGCGAACAGGCGACACUUGGUGAAGAUGCCGCACUCUUUAAUGCACCACUUUCAAACAAUUCGUCAACUGUAGCGACGGAGCUAGAAGGUUUCCCAGAGAUUCCUACAGUAGCCUCUAUAAGUUCCGCAACAUUGCCUGUUACAACAUCCUUCACUGCCACUACACCUGACUAUUCCGCAUUUCAUAGUGAGUUUCCACCUGUUGAACUAGCUACUACGAAUAUCUCCACCAUUCAACCAUCUUUUGAUGGAUUAAGUCAGGUGACAGAUGAGGAAGAACAAGAGAACGAGGUGUUGAGAGAAUGGAGAGAGAGACAACGAGAGUUAAUUGCUGAACGUGACGAGGCUUCCGAACAAAAAAAGAAAGAGACCAUAAAACAAGCUCAUGAUGAAAUCGACAAAUUUUAUAGUGAAUAUAACGAGAAAAAAGCUAUUGCUCAACAACACAACAGGAAUCAAGAAGAAUUGUUUAUACAGGAAAGAGAUGACAUCACUUCUGGUACUUCAUGGGAACGGAUUUGCAAGAUUCUGAGUCUCGUUAAUGCUCAAAGUAAAUCAACCAAUAAACAUGAGAAAGAUGUCAGUCGAUUUAAAGAAUUACUUUUAGAUUUGAAAAAAGAUGAAAAGGCGCCGGGUGCGGGUGGAUAUUAA